CCCCGCUCGAUCCCGCUCCGGACAGACCAGCUGCUGCAGUCUCGGCGGAGCUGAACCUGCUGUGACCGCGGAGGAAAGAUGGCGGCUCCUGCUCUCUCCAGCCGGGCUGGCUCGGCGGGCAGCCUCGGGAACAGUCCCACAAUGGCCGCCGGGAGGCUGCCGCACGGAGGCGGAGGCGGAGGCGGCGGCGGCGUCGGGCCCGAGCUCGACUUCAGGUCGGCGGCCCGCAUGGAGGACCUGAACCGGCUCAUCCAGGAGUUCAGCAAGCACGACCAGCGGGAGUACGACGACCAGCGGGCCCUGGAGAUCCACACGGCGAAGGACUUCAUCUUCUCCAUGCUGGGUAUGGUCCAGAAGCUGGACCAGAAGCUGCCGGUGGCCAACGAGUACCUGCUGCUGUCCGGCGGCGUCCGGGAAGGCGUGGUGGACAUGGACCUGGACGAGCUGAGCGUCUACGCCCGCGGCACCGACUACGACAUGGACUUCACCCUGCUGGUCCCCGCGCUCAAGCUCCACGACCGCAACCAGCCGGUGACGCUGGACAUGCGGCACUCGGCGCUGGGCCACUCCUGGCUCAGCCUGCGGCUCUUCGACGAGGGGACCAUCAACAAGUGGAAGGACUGCUGCACCAUCGUGGACCACAUCAACGGCACCACCAACUACUUCUUCUCCCCGACGCUGGUGGCCGACUGGUUCUACCAGUCCAUCUCCCUGGUGCUGCUGGAGGUGCAGAAGAAGCCGCAGCGGGGGAUGCCGCGGGUGGAGAAGGUGGAGCGCAACGGGACCGUCAUCUCCGUCAUCCUGGGCGUGGGCAGCAGCCGCAUGCUGUACGACAUCGUGCCCGUGGUGUCGUUCAAGGGCUGGCCGGCCGUGGCCCAGAGCUGGCUGAUGGAGAACCACUUCUGGGACGGCAAGAUCACGGAGGAGGAGGUGAUCAGCGGCUUCUACCUGGUCCCCGCCUGCUCCUACAAGGGCCGCAAGGAGAACGAGUGGCGCCUGUCGUUCGCCCGCAGCGAGGUGCAGCUGAAGAAGUGCAUCUCGUCCAGCCUCAUGCAGGCGUACCAGGCCUGCAAGGCCAUCAUCAUCAAGCUGCUGUCGCGGCCCAAGGCCAUCAGCCCGUACCACCUGCGCAGCAUCAUGCUGUGGGCGUGCGACCGCCUCCCCGCCACCUACCUGGGCCAGGACGACCUGUCCGCCCACUUCCUGCUGGGCCUCAUCGACGACCUGCAGCACUGCCUGGUCAACAAGAUGUGCCCCAACUACUUCAUCCCGCAGUGCAACAUGCUGGAGCAGCUGUCGGACGAGACCGCCGUGCUGCACGCCCGCAAGCUGUCCUCGGUGCGCUCCGACCCGGCCGAGCACCUGCGCACCACCAUCGAGCACGCCAAGGCCGCCAACCGGCUGACGCUGGAGCUGCAGUGGCGGGGCAGCGCCACCAACCUGCCGUCGCCGCAGUCGGACGCCGGCGGCGAGAACCAGCCGGACGACCGGCUGGCCAAGAAGCUGCAGCAGCUGGUCACCGAGAACCCCGGCAAGUCCAUCUCCGUCUUCAUCAACCCGGACGACGUGACCAGGCCGCACUUCCGCAUCGACGACAAGUUCUUCUGAGACCCCGCCCCCGCCCCCUCCCCCUCUCCGUUCCGGUUCUCUGCCACAGAGUGACGUGAGGUGAUCGUCUCGUCGUGUCUGCCACAGUUUUUGAAUCCUUGGAAGGAUCCGCCCUCGCCUCCUCACGCCUCCUCGCGCCUCCUCUCACUGUGUGCCCUGUGUUUUCUACCUGCUGGUUGCCUUUUAAACUGUCCGCCGAAGAGCAGCGGGUCGUUUCUACGACGAGGGACGAGCAGAUCCGCCGUCGGAGCGACUCUCGCGUCCCGGUCCCGGAAACACGCCUUUUGAACCUGUACCCAUCCACAAGCCACACCCCCUCUGAAGCCACACUCCUUUAAGUGCUACAGACUUCUUUCUUUUUGCCUCCAUCUGUUUUGUUUUGUUUUUUUUCGUUGUUGUAUUUGAGAAGGAACGCCUCGGUGAGGUCGGUCCGACGGUGGACUCCGUCUCUGAGGAAUGUCUGUCCCCGCCGCGGGACCAUGGUACUAACGUCUUAGAAACACUAACUGUACAUAGAUGCAAAGAUGAUGUGUAGAUGUGAAGAGAAACUGACUGACGAUUAUCUGUGGACUACUUUUUGUCUAAUUUUGCACAGAAUGUAAAAAAAAAAGAAGAAAAUAACAAAACAAAAAAAAUCACCUUUCUCCUUCUGACGGUGGUGCUGUGUCGUCCCGCCUCCCGUCCUGUGAGAGGACGGCUGUCAUCCCUCACCGACUCUUCAUCACACACCCUGGAGCUGGAUGUCCUUUCAGAGUAAAACCACACAAAACCACAGAGCUGCUCAGAAGACUCAUCAGAAGCUCCGCCCUCUCUGAAGGGCGCACACACGUCAGGAUCCUCUUCUUUUUGGACUCGACGCUGGACGAGAUGGUAGCUCAGAGCCGGAAACGCGGCGGCGUUUACGUCUCGACAUCAGCUCUUAAAGGGACGGACACGCGUUUACGUCGGCUUUUAAAGGGACAGACUUCGAUUACGUCGGCUCUUAAAGCGACAGAAAACCUUGAAACUAGCUCACCGUUAGCUUUGUUAACUUUGGGUUUUGGAAUCCCGCUCAAAGCGCCACCGUGUGGCGUCUGAUUGGUCAGGAGGCGUCGUGCUUUACUUUACCCGGCUAGCUUCUAAUGUAAGAAAGCGUUGUAGUCCAGAAAAUCCAGAUUCAAACCAGAAGCUCAACUUUCAAACCUGCCGUCAAACGAUGUUCAGCGGAAGCUGAGGUUGAGUUGCUCGAGUUAAACCUGAACUUCAGCCUCCUUCAAACCUGAUGAUCAACCACAUUAAACCAGAUUUAAACCCAGUUAAAACUUGACAUUCCCUCCAGAGCCCCGCCCCCUCCUGGGUGGGGGGGGUUCUAACCAGUGAUCUGGAAGCGAGCUGUGCAUGAACGUCGUUAACGUGUUCAUAACGGAUCCUCGUCUUUUAUUUUGAAGCCCGUUGGAAGGUUGGCGUCUUGCCAGCUGAUCGGGCGAGCUCUGAUGAGUCGUCUGUCGAUUGGUUGUUAAAGAUUGUGAAGCAGCCAAUCAGAGCUGAGGGAGUUGACGCCGGGUCGCCUCCACAGCUCUGGUUCACCUCAGGUUCACCUGCUGCACUUUGACCUCCAGCCGGUCCCGUGAUGUCACUUCCUGCUCCGCCCACUGGAACCCCCACCCGACUUGGUUCUGCUGCUCUGUUCUGCGUUUCGGGGUCCAAGGUUCGAUUUCCGCACAAAGCAAGCAGCUCGGCAACGGCUAGAGGAGAACAUAUGGAGAACCUGCGGCGUUCUGCUGAGACGUUCACAGAGAGCAGCAGAACGGCGACUUUCAGAUCAGCUUCGAGUUUCCAUGGCGACACUGUGGCGGCGGUGGUUAGCACGUUUGGCCACGAGGUGACGCUGUUCUCCUGCUCUCUGUGGAACGUCUCAGUGGAACACUAGCCCAAAGCAUUCUGGGAGUUGUAGAUUACAGAGCUGCUUGUUUUCCAGUUGCGUUCUCGUGUUUCUAGUUAGAACGCUUUAAAAAGAAAAGAACGGGAAAAAAAGAACCUCCUGUCGACCAUAUCUUCAUCCUCAAGUGCAAUUAGUGAAACACGAACACAGCUGUCCUGGUGUCUGUCCUCACGCCCUCCAGAUGUUGUCCACACCAUGGAAGUGCCCACUCCGUCCUGCUCGCCGGAACUGUGACCCUUGACCUUAAAGAUGUUCCUCCUGUCUGCCGGGAACCUUUCGACUGUGACUUCUUCUUUUUCUGUUCCGUGUCGGGCUGCUCUGCUUCGUCCUCAUGUUGAGUUUCUUUAUGCAAACCCCUACUCACUCACUCACACACACACACACACACACACACACACACACACACACCCUGUACAGUAGAGUCACCAUAAAGUCUUUUA